CCCCUAUCCCGACACCAGCCCCGAGGGGUACGUGCUUGGCACAAGGGGGCGUCUGCCGCUCAGGAGGGCACUGACCCCCAAGGCCACGCGGCUCCAAGCGCUUCGGCGGGACCAGGCUGGCCGCCCGCUCGCCCGAAAGCCGCCUAACAGAACGCGCUUCCACGACGGCGUCGCCCCGACUCCGAGCAGGUUCCCGUGCCCCAGGGGCAGGACUUCCGGCGGAAGUCCCUUCUGCGGGGGCGGAGCCACCGGCCGGAUCUGGUCACGCCCCUUCACCCUCCUCAUUCGGUAGUCUAUUUGGCCAAUAGGAGCUCCGCUUCUUGCUGGGCGCGGAGACUCGUUCUCCAAUCACCAUCAACCUCUUCCCCAUGCGGAGAGCUGGAUGGCACCCGUGCUGUGCCUCCUACAGCUGACCGGCACGUGGAAACUGGACCAGCUCCAGGAGGAUGCUCAGUAGUCUGGUGCCCCCCCAGAGCAGGAAUCUACCAGGAGGCCACUGGCUGUUAACAAGACCAUUGCUGUAAGAAGGCUUCUUUACAGAAUUCACAAAUUCAGAUAUAGUUUAUCUUGAAGGAAAUGAAGCGAAAUAUCGCCAAAACAAAUGUCGCCCCAGUCAACACCAGCAAAUCGACCAACACCAAGGCCAGGGAUUUAAUGUGCAAAAUGGCGAUUAUACCAGAUGGGCAAAUUUCGUAUCCUCACACGCGAAAAUUCACGUCUUUAAGACCCCAUUCUUCACCGUGUAGAGUGGAUUUGAGGAAUAGUUUCCAAAAUGUGUUCAGACCUUCUUCUUCAACCACAGCUCUUGCAAAUCCAAUACUGUCCUUCUUAGAUGUUAAACGGAUUUUAUUUCAAAAAAUUACCAAUAAAGGAGAUGAGUUGAAAAAAGCCUUUCAGCUACUCGAUACCAGUCAGAGCAUGACGGUGUCCAAGAGCGACCUGAGGAGAGUCAUCACAACCUUCCUGCUGCCUCUCACGAGAGAACAGUUCCAAGAUGUGCUGGCUCAGAUCCCCCUCACCAGCUCCGGCGCUGUUCCCUACAACGAAUUCCUGUCCAGGUUCGGUGGAAUUGACCUAAAUAUAAGUGUUAUAAAGAGGGGAGAUGGGAAUGAAACAAAUUGCUGUCGGACAUUAGGAGAACUCGAAAUCCAAGUCGGAGAAAAGAUUUUCAAAAACAUUAAAACUGUUAUGAAAGCCCUCAAGCUCAUUGAUGUUAACAAGACUGGUCUGGUCCAAGCACGUGAGCUGAGGAGGGUUCUGGAGACCUUCUGUUUGAAGAUGAAAGAUGAUGAAUACAAAAAGUUCGCAAAGCACUACAACAUUGAUACAGAUACUGCAGUGGAUUAUAAUGCUUUUUUGAAGAACCUCAGUGUAAAUAAUGCCUUGAACCUUAGGUAUCAUAUGGGAGAUCAAGAGGUCUCGCGGGAGAAUCAGCAAAUCAAAAGUUCCAGAAGGGAGCGCCUCCCCAGUUCCAUUUCCUCUGAAGAGGUCUGGAGGGACUACUCCUUGGAUGAGAUUGAGAGAGCCUUUUGCCAAGAGCUUUCCAAGUCUUACGAAAAGGUGGAGAAGGCCCUGAGUGCAGGUGACCCCUCCAAAGCCGGCCACGUCUCUUUGAAUUACCUGAAGGUCGUCCUCGACACCUUUGUGUACCAAUUACCCAGGAGAAUUUUUAUCCAGUUAAUGAAAAGAUUUGGACUUAAAACCACUGCUAAAGUCAAUUGGAAGCAAUUUCUAACAUCACUUUAUGAGUCUCCAUGGUUGGAAGUUAACAAUAUAGUUCCUCCGACAAAAAGAAAUAGCAUCAACUCUAGAAAUAAAUCUUGCAAGGAAAACAUUAUCACAAAAUUAUUUAGACAUGAAGAUCGCUAUGCAUUGUUGAAGAAAGCACUGCUGCUCACCAACGCUCAACCUGAUGGACAGAUAACAGGGGAAGAAUUGCGACGUAUUCUAAAUUGCAUGGUUGUAAAAAUAAGUGAUUCGGAAUUCAAAGAACUAAUGCAAAUACUUGACCCUGGAGGCACCGGCUGGGUCAACGUCAACACGUUGGGUGAACUGCUGGAAGAGAAGGCUGCGACGGGAAAAACCUCCUCCUGUGCAGACACCAAGGCGCCUCUCCUCCUGGCUUGGGAUUCAGUGGAAGAAAUUGUUCAUGACGCGAUUACUAGGAACCUACAAGCUUUCUAUAAUAUGCUACGGUCAUAUGACCUCGGAGACACAGGGCUCAUUGGUCGAAAUAAUUUCAAGAAAAUCCUGCGCAUAUUCUGCCCAUUUUUAACGACUGAGCAUUUAAUAAAACUCUGCAGUAAGUUUCACGAUAUGGCUUCGGGGAGAAUCCUUUACAAGAAACUUUUGACAUGCCUAGGAAUUAAAGGCCCGCCUGCCAUCUCUCCAGUUCUUGUUCCAAAGGAUCAGCUGUCAAGGGAACAACCUCAGAAAGAGGAAGAGCAGCAGCCGGAUCUUUCUGAGAGAGCCAAGCCCGCUGAGAGCGAAAUCACCGCGACCAGGAAGAUGGCCAAGGAGGAGGUGAUCGAAAAACUCAAAAGCUGCAUACGGCGGCAGGACCCAGUGUUCAGAAGGCGAUUUCUUGACGUCAGCAAGGAACUUCAUCGCAAAAUUAAUGCGCGUGACUUCAAGAAGGUACUGGAAGAUCAUGGAAUGCCCAUGGACGAUGAUCAGUAUGCUCUGCUAACUGCAAAAAUAGGAUUUAAGAAGGAAGGGAUGAGUUACCUUGAUUUUGCAACAGGAUUUGAAGGUGCUAGAGUGCAAGAGCGAGAAGUGACUCCAUCCCAGACUCCGGUUCCUGCCAAAAGUAACCUGGACAGCUUUGUGACCGCGGAAGAGUGCCUCAGACAGUUCCCCCAGAGACUGAAGGAGUCCUUCCGGGGUCCCUACUCUGCCUUCUUUGAGAUGGACACCGACAGGGACGGCAUCAUCAGCAUGCUCAACCUCCACCAGCUGCUCCAGCGCCUGCUGCUCAACCUCAGGGAUGAAGAGUUCGAGCGCUUCCUGGGCCUGCUGGGCCUGAGACUCAGCACCACCUUAAACUUUCGGGAAUUUCAAAAUUUGUGCGAGAAGAGACCUUUAAGAACAGACGACGUGCCUCAAAGACUCAUUAGACCAAAACAGAAGGUCGCAGAUUCAGAACUAGCUUGUGAACAGGCUCAUCAGUACCUUGUUACCAAAGCAAAAACCAGAUGGUCAGACUUGUCUAAGAAUUUUAUAGAAACUGAUAAUGAGGGCAACGGCAUUCUUCGACGACGGGACAUAAAGAACGCGCUGUAUGGUUUUGACAUCCCCCUCACGCCGAGAGAAUUUGAAAAGCUUUGGAUGAGCUAUGACACCGAGGGAAGAGGGCACAUCACUUACCAAGAAUUUUUGCAGAAACUGGGGAUCAGCUAUUCAGCAGAUGUUCACCAGCCCUAUGCAGAGGAUUAUUUCAACUUCAUGGGUCAUUUCACGAAGCCGCAGCAGGUGCAGGAAGAGAUCAAAGAGCUGCAGCAGAGCACAGAGAAGGCCGUGCCAGCCCGGGAAAAGCUUAAGGACCAUUAUCAAGAUAUCAGCAAAGCAGUCACCAAACUGGAUAAAUCUAAAAACGGCUACGUGUCCCUAAGCAGCAUGCAGAAAGUGCUGCAGGAAUGCGGCUGUCCUCUUCGGGAAGAGGAGCUGACCGACCUUCUCAGCAGUUGGGGAAUCAGCUGGCAUGAUAAUUCCAUCAAUUACCUUGACUUCUUGAAAGCAGUGGAGAACAGCAAGCCAACAAGGCCGCAGCCAGAAGAGAAAGAAGAGAGCACGCCAAUCAAUUUCGCGACACUAAAUCCAGAGGACAUUCUGAAGAGCAUCCAGGAGGUGGUUGCCUCCUCCGGUCCGGCUCUGUCAAUGGCAUUUUCUGCAUUGGAUAAAGAGGACACUGGAUUUGUAAAGGCUUCGGAUUUUGGACAAGUCCUUAAGGAUUUCUGUUACAAACUAACAGAUAGCCAGUAUCAUUAUUUUUUGAGAAAACUAAGGAUUCAUCUCACCCCCCAUGUAAACUGGAAAUACUUCCUCCAGAACUUCGGCGAUUUUCUUGAAGAGACUGCUGCUGAGUGGGCUGAGAAAAUGCCCAAAGGCCCGCCACCCAGGUCCUCCAAGGAAAUGGCGAACCAGGAGAUCCUGGCACGGCUCCACAAAGCAGUGACUUCCCAUUACCACACCAUCGCCCAGGAGUUUGAGAACUUCGACACCAUGAAAACGCACACUGCCUCCCGGGAUGAGUUCAGGUCCAUUUGUACUCGCCACGUCCAAGUUCUGACGGAUGAACAGUUUGACAGACUCUGGAACGAGAUGCCCGUCAACGCCAAGGGGAGGCUGAAAUACCUGGACUUCCUGAGCAGGUUCAGUUCCGAGAGAGCGGCAACCCCGCCCGACACUGAUGAUUCGGCGAAGGCCCAGCGAGGGAGCAGCGUCCCCACCGUCUCUGCAGAGUCAUCGCCCACUGGUGACCCGAAAGCAGGGUCAAAGCCGAGGAGCCAUCCCUGUACCCCCGCCAGUGCGAUCCUGGAGCCGAGUGCCCAGCCCCUGCAGAACUGCGAGCCCAUCGAGACGAAGCUCCGGAAGGGAAUCCAGAGCUGCUGGCGCGAGUUCCUGAGAGAAUGCAAGGAGAGGGACGUGAACAAGCAGGGGGAGAUCACCGCGCCCGAGUUCCUGGCUCUCGUGGAGAAAUUCAACCUGGACGUGAACAGAGAGGAGUGCCAGCAGCUCCUGGUGAAGUAUGACUUGAAGAACAGCGGGCGGUUUGCCUACUGCGACUUCGUCCAGAGCUGCGUCCUCCUGUUGAAAGCCCAGGAGACCUCCGUGAUGCGGAGGAUGAAGAUCCAGAACGCCCAUAAGAUGAAAGAAGCUGGUGCUGAGACUUCUUCCUUUUACGCCGCCUUGCUGCGCAUUCAACCCAAAAUUGUGCACUGCUGGAGGCCGAUGCGGCGCACGUUCAAAGCCUACGACGAAGGGAGCACGGGGCUGCUAAGCGUGGCUGACUUCAGGCAGGUCCUGAGGCAGUACAGCGUCAACCUGUCGGAGGAGGAGUUCUUCCACAUCCUGGAGUAUUACGACAAGACGCUGACUUCCAAAAUCUCCUACAACGACUUCCUCCGGGCCUUCCUCCAGUAGGCGCCUGCAGGGCACCCCAAGGACAGAGGGCAGCGGGCUGGGCCAGGACUCACAUGUAGCCGGGGCUUCGUGAACUUUCCAGGGGGUCUCCAGAAACAGCCCCCACCCACCCAGGCCCGCACCUUUCCCGGCAGCUAAGCGGGCUCCGCGCUGCCCUGCGGCUCUGGCACCGGCGCCAGCCUUGCCGGAGGGAUCGGGGCUGCCCACUGAGCCUCAGGACCCUCACUGGUUAGUUUGAGCAAAUAAAAAUGUUAAUCUUUGCAGGAA